UCUUCUGCACAACUCGCUCUCACUUCUUUCUGUUUCUCUCCGUACAAUCGACGAUGGCUUCUUCCUCUUCUCUCUCCAUUUCUCAAGCCAUUGUCGCCGGAGCCCUCAACCACCGCGGCUCCACUAAUUCCUCUGAUCGCCUACCCCUGCGGUCAUUCACUAUUCCCACCUUCUCCGGCCUCAAAUCCACCACCUCAGCUGCUUCAUGGCCUUCUCGCCUCGGCUCAGCUCGGAGAAGGCUGAGCCGGAGAUUGGCGGUGCAGGCUACGGCGGUGGAGACCUUGGAGAAGACGGAAACUUCCUUGAUUGAGAAAUCGGUGAACACCAUCCGGUUUCUGGCCGUCGAUUCGGUGGAGAAGGCGAACUCGGGCCACCCGGGUUUGCCAAUGGGUUGUGCUCCCAUGGGCCAUGUUUUGUACGAUGAGUUCAUGAAGUUUAACCCCAAGAACCCCUACUGGUUCAAUCGUGAUCGCUUUGUUCUCUCUGCCGGACAUGGAUGUAUGCUUCAGUAUGCUCUGCUUCACCUUGCUGGCUACGACAGUGUCAGGGAAGAAGACUUGAAAAGUUUCCGUCAAUGGGGAAGCACAACACCUGGUCACCCAGAAAAUUUUGAGACACCUGGUGUUGAAGUCACUACUGGUCCUCUUGGUCAGGGUAUUGCCAAUGCUGUUGGCUUGGCUCUUGCGGAGAGGCACUUGGCUGCUCGAUUCAACAAACCAGACAAUGAGAUUGUUGAUCACUACACAUAUGUGAUACUGGGGGAUGGUUGUCAAAUGGAGGGUGUUGCACAUGAAGCUUGUUCACUUGCUGGACAUUGGGGUCUUGGGAAGCUGAUAGCUUUGUAUGAUGAUAACCACAUCUCUAUUGAUGGUGACACUGAGAUUGCUUUCACGGAGAAUGUUGACUUACGUUUUGAGGCUCUUGGUUGGCAUGUUAUCUGGGUGAAGAAUGGAAAUACUGGCUAUGAUGAGAUUCGUGCUGCCAUCAAGGAAGCAAAGACUGUCAAAGACAAACCCACUUUAAUCAAGGUGACUACAACCAUUGGUUAUGGAUCCCCAAACAAGUCAAACUCAUACAGUGUACAUGGAAGUGCACUAGGUCCUAAGGAGUUGGAUGCCACAAGGAAGAACCUUCGAUGGCCAUAUGAGCCUUUCCAUGUACCUGAGGAUGUCAAGAAGCAUUGGAGCCGCCAUGUCCCUGAAGGUGCAGCUCUGGAAGCUGAAUGGAAUGCCCAGUUUGCUGAAUACGAACGCAAGUAUAAAGAAGAAGCUGCAGUAUUGAAGUCUCUCAUCAAUGGUGAAUUACCUGCAGGUUGGGAGAAAGCACUUCCGACGUAUACUCCAGAGAGCCCAGCAGAAGCCACGAGAAAUUCAUCACAACAAUGUCUAAAUGCCCUUGCAAAUGUUCUCCCUGGUCUGCUUGGUGGCAGUGCUGAUCUUGCUUCCUCCAACCUGUCAGUGAUGAAGCAGUUUGGGAACUUCCAAAAGGGCACACCAGAAGAGCGCAAUGUCAGGUUUGGUGUUCGGGAGCAUGGAAUGGGAGCCAUCUGCAAUGGGAUUGUCCUUCACUGCCCCGGCCUUAUUCCAUAUUGUGCAACUUUCUUUGUUUUCACUGACUACUUGAGACCUGCCAUGAGGAUUUCUGCCUUGUGUGAAGCUGGAGUCAUCUAUGUUAUGACACACGAUUCAAUUGGGCUUGGAGAAGAUGGACCUACACAUCAGCCUAUAGAGCACUUGGCAAGUUUUCGGGCUAUGCCCAACAUUUUGAUGCUUCGCCCUGCUGAUGGGACUGAGACAGCUGCAGCUUACAAGAUUGCAGUCCUUAACAGGAAGAGACCCUCAGUCCUUGCCCUUGGUCGGCGAGAUGUCUCCCAGCUUCGUGGAACAUCCAUUGAGGGAGUUGAGAAGGGAGGUUACAUUGUAACAGACAACUCUUCAGGCAACAAACCAGAUGUUAUAUUGAUUGGAACUGGUUCGGAAUUGGAAAUUGCUGCCAAAGCAGCUGAUGAACUCAGAAAGGAAGGGAAAGCUGUCAGGGUUGUUUCCUUGGUUUGCUGGUUGCUUUUUGAUGAACAAUCAGAUGCUUACAAGGAAAGUGUUUUGCCAGCAGCUGUAUCAGCCCGGGUCAGCGUUGAAGCUGCAUCAACAUUUGGGUGGGAGAAGUUUGUUGGGAGCAAAGGGAAGUCGAUUGGUAUUAAUCGGUUUGGGGCAAGUGCACCUGCACUAAAGUUGUACAAGGAGCUUGGCGUAACAGCAGAGGCUGUUAUAGCGGCAGCUAAAUCAAUUUGCUAGAACUUUUUACUAGUGGCUGGUGCCACUCAAAUGUUUGUUGGCCAUGGCAUUUGGGUUCUGGUUUUGGAGGUUAUAGUGAACAAUCCCCUCUUAAGAGCUUUGGGUUGCUACACACUGCCUUCUUGCCACGUAAUAAACGCAGAUAAAAUUUGUCAUCUGCUGCAUUUAUCUUCUUCAGUGGAGCAGCUGAGUCUGCAACCUGAAUCUAGACUGUUCAAUGAAUUUGUACCACCUGCUAGACCUUUUUGAGUUUUUGUAAUGUCAUGUGGUUGUUUCUUUAGCCAUGUUUUGAUUAUCCUCCAUCACAAUGUCUUCUUUUAGUUCGAGUGUAGAGUCUAUGAUAUUCCCUUUGUAAUCCUAAUAAAUUAUAGUUCUGUGAUUGUAAAACUCGAUUGAGCUUCUAAGUAAAGGGGAUGCAUUUGAAUGUAAACUCAGUUCUUGACAA